AUGGAUCGUCGUGAAGCUUGGAAGGAGACCGUGAGGGAGUUGUGUUUCGGAAAUGACUCUUCCGAUGAGGAAGCUAAUUUGUUCCUUGCCACUGUGAGCGCCUUGCAUGAGUCGGAGGCAUCACAGUGGGGACCUUGGGGUGGUUCAGUGCCGGGCCAUCAGCGUAUCGAGCGGAAUCGCCUGGAGGGUCAUCAUAGGUUGUUUAAUGACUACUUCGCCGAUCACCCGGUGUACCCAGAUUACAUCUUUCGUCGCAGGUUUAGGAUGAAACGUGACCUGUAUCUCAAGAUUGUUCAGGCAGUUGCGGACCACGAUCCGUGGUUCCAACAGAGGAGGAAUGCUGCAGGAGAUCUCGGCCUGUCGGCGUUGCAAAAAGUCAGUGCGGCGUUUCGCAUGCUCGCGUACGAUGAUCCCGCCGAUUCUCUCGAUGAGUGCCUCCGGCUAGGGGAGGCAACUAUCAUUGAGAGUAUGAGGCGGUUUGUGCGAGCCGUCGUCGGGGUGUUUGGCGACCAGUACCUCCGCGCUCCGAACGACGAGGACACCGCGCGCUUGAUUGCUACAAACGAGCGAAGAGGGUUCCCCGGGAUGCUCGGAAGCAUCGAUUGUAUGCACUGGAGGUGGAAGAACUGUCCCACAGCGUGGUCCGGUUCCUACACGGGACAUGUGAACUCUCCGACGAUCAUUCUAGAGGCAGUGGCGUCACAGGACCUGUGGAUUUGGCAUGCUUUCUUCGGCAUGCCUGGUUCGCUAAACGACAUCAACGUUCUGCACCGCUCGCAUCUCCUCGACAAUCUUGCCGCUGGCGUGGGCCCCCAGGUACAUUACUCCGUUAACGAUCACGGUUACACCAUGGGGUACUUCCUUGCAGAUGGUAUCUAUCCGGAAUGGGCCACCUUCGUGAAGCCAAUUCCUUGUCCAGUUGGGAGGAAGCGGCAGCACUUCGUCGUUCAGCAGGCGGCGUUACGGAAGGAUGUCGAAAGGGCCUUCGGGGUCCUACAAUCUCAGUUUCCCAUAGUGAGGGGGGCAACGAGGCUACGGGAUGAGGAAACACUUCACAACAUCAUGACCGCCUGCAUUGUCAUGCAUAACAUGAUAAUCGAAGAUGAGAGACCUGAUGGGGACGUCGAGCAUGUGUACGAGGGUGCUGGUGAUCCUGUGGAGCCAUCACACACCCCAUCCGCCACACUAGAAGCAUUUGCCCAAAGGUAUGGGAUGAUAACUAGCAGGCAGGGGCAUCACCAGCUCCGUGAGGAUCUUGUCGAGCAUCUGUGGCAGUUCCACGGAGUCGAGUAA